AUGUGGCCAACCUCGGCCUACCAGGGCGGGCUGGUUGCCAAUGCGGCGCACGCGGUCUACCUGUGCGACCCGCGAACGGAGGACGAGUGCCUGGCGCGCUCGCUGCUCGGGCUGCCUGCCUCCCAGGCGCAGGUCGUGCGCGGCAUCGUGCCGGAGCAAUCGCUGCUGUUCCUGUUCAAUGUGCGAUCGCGGCUGCUGUUUGGCGUGUUUCGCGCGACGAGCUGGCCGGAGCACAAUAUCGAGCCGCUGGCGUGGGGCCACGAGACGGGCGUCUCUCGCUACCCGCUGCAGGUUCGCGUGCGGCUGCUGACGCCGUACGUGCUGCAGCUGCCCGAGAGCACGUUUCGCGAGGUGCUCGACUACCACGGAACCUUCAACCGCUUCGACCUGCAGCUGGACCACCAGCAGGCCAGCUCGCUCGUCUCCCUCUUCCACCACUUCGGCGUCCCUCGCCAGCCCUCCGCCGGAGGCUGCGCGAGCGAGCAGCCGGCGGGCAGCUGCGGCGUCGACGUGGCGCGGGCGCGCUCCUCGCGGCUUCGCGCGGUGCGCAACGGCGUCAUCUUCAUCUGCGACUCGGAGUGCCUCGCGAGAUGCCUGCUCGGGCUGCCAAAGACUCAGCUCAUGGGCGUCUUCCAGCCGACCUGCCCCGCCGGCAUGGACCUGGUUCGCUUCCGGCCGCUGCAGACGCACGCGUGGUCCGGGCAGGUCCUGUCGUUGCCCGAGUCGUCGGUGAGCGACGUGUUGCGGUACAGAAGCGCGUCGACGCGCUUCGACCUGCUCCUGCGCGGGCAGCAGCUCGAGAGGCUGCUCGCCGUCUUCGCGCACGCGGGCAUGCCCGUCGGCACGGCGCCGGGGCUGCAGCCGCAGCAGCUGGUGCCGACGGGCAGCGACGCCUACCUCGAGCCCGCCCUGCCCUUUGGACAGCCGCAUGCCCCUCCCACCGAGCAGCGCUGCGCGCCGUCGUCGCUGCUGACGCCGACGCAGCUGCUGGGCCCGGGGCACGGGCCCAGCCCCGCAGAACAAACCAUGCUUCGCGUCUCUACGGCGCUGGAGGCCCUCGGGCUGCACAACCCGCCUCCCGGUACUCGAGCGCAGGCCGAGCCACACGACGCGCCGUCUCGUCGCCCCUUGUGA